GAAAAGAAGGGAAGGGGGAGGGGGGCUAGAGGCGCGUGUUAUAAAACAAAGCGGCUGGGCUUCCGCUGUUGUCAAAUUUGUGUAACUACAGUUUAUCCUACGGUGACUCGAGCCACACUGCUUCUAAUCGUAAUUCGACGCUGACACAAGUUAACCUUCGCUCCUCCUUUUGCGCUUUUCGACGAGGAAGAGUAAAGCGCCAAGCGUCGGAUCAGGAACCGCUGCAUCGCUAAGUGACGGCCGGGGAUGAGAUAAAUAGUUGUUGAACAUAAUGAAGAAUGAACCAGUCAAGAAAGAUCUGUCCAACAGUGGCAUCCCGGAUGUGGAAAUUGCCCCACCUACCCCUAAAUCUUUAGACCGCUUGUCCAUAGGAAACCACACAGUGGUUCCGCUGAAUGAUGACGGUGAAGCAGAGCAAACCUUUCAACGUGGUGUGCCGACCAGAGAGUCCCUCAAAGUCCCACGUGGCUCCACUGUUAGCUUCCACAAUAUUGACUACACUGUGAAGAUGACCAGUGGGCCUCCAUUCAAGCGUAAAGUGGUGGAAAAGCAAAUCCUCUGUGGCAUCAGUGGCAUCAUGAAGCCUGGGCUCAAUGCCAUCCUUGGCCCGACAGGAAGUGGCAAGUCCUCGCUUCUGGACGUUUUGGCUGCUAGGAAAGAUCCAUCCGGCUUAACUGGAGAUGUGCUUAUUGAUGGUGCACAACAACCCGCCAACUUCAAGUGCAUCUCAGGUUACGUGGUGCAGGAUGAUGUUGUGAUGGGUACGCUGACAGUGCGGGAGAAUCUGCUCUUCUCAGCAGCCUUGCGGCUCCCGUCCUCCAUCACCUUCAAGGAGAAGGAAGAGCGAGUGUCAAACGUUAUCACUGAACUCGGGCUGACAAGAGUGGCCAAUUCCAAGGUGGGCACAGAAUUAAUCCGAGGGGUAUCUGGUGGUGAAAGGAAGAGGACAAACAUCGGGAUGGAGUUGAUCACAGAGCCUCCUGUAUUGUUUCUGGAUGAGCCAACGACUGGUCUUGAUGCCAGCACGGCGAAAGCUGUUCUUAUUCUUCUGAAACGACUUGCACGAAGAGGAAGAACAAUUAUAUUUUCCAUUCACCAGCCACGAUACUCUAUAUUCAAGUUAUUUGACAGCUUGACACUGCUGGCCAUUGGGAAGAUGAUGUACCAUGGACCUUCCCGUUCUGCACUGCAGUAUUUCCGCUCUAUUGGAUAUGAGUGUGAAUCCUUCAACAAUCCUGCAGAUUUCUUUUUGGAUGUUAUCAAUGGAGAUUCCACAGCUGUGACUGCAAGCAAAGAUUAUGCAAUAGAAAAUGAUGAACAGGUCAAGCAAGUGAAGGCAGAUGAAGACAAUGAUGCUGCAAUCAACAUAGAAGAUGUUGAGCGCAUUGAUAAGACCAUUGUGCAGAAGCUGCAUGAAGAAUACCUCAAGUCAGAGGUUCAUGCUGAAACGAUGGAAGCUCUAAAGGCCAUUGAAGCCAUUCGACCGCCAUCUAAGAAGAGGAAGUUCAUGCAGUCCAUCACCUACUCCACUUCAUUCGCAACUCAGCUCUACUGGGUGAUCAAUCGUGCUUUUAAAAAUCUGAUUCGGAACCCUCAGGCUUCAGUUGCACAGAUUGUUGUAACAAUUGUUUUGGGACUUAUUGUUGGUGCUAUCUUCUUUGGCGUGAAGCUGGACCCAAGUGGAAUCCAGAACAGGGUGGGAUCCAUGUUCUUCUUGACCACCAAUCAGUGCUUUUCCAGUGUUUCUGCCAUUGAGCUGUUCAUCAGGGACAAGAAGCUGUUCAUACACCAGUACAUCAGUGGAUACUACAGACUGUCUGCUUACUUCAUUGCAAUCCUUAUAGGGGAUCUAAUCCCAAUGAGGACACUGCCAGGAAUUAUUUUCACAAUCAUCACAUACUGGAUGAUAGGCUACCAAAAAAUGGCUGGCAAAUUUUUCUACUUCAUGUUGACCCUAGUUAUGGUGUCCUACACGGCCACAUCUAUGGCCCUCGCCAUCAGUGCUGGUAUGAAUGUGGUGGCCAUUGCAAACCUGCUUAUCACGAUUUGCUUCGUUUUCAUGAUUAUAUUUUCUGGGCUCCUGGUGAAUCUCACUUCUGUCAUGGAUUGGCUCAACUGGCUCAAAUAUUUCAGCAUUCCACGCUAUGGAUUAACAGCCCUGCAAGUAAAUGAGUUCAGAGGAUUGGUCUUAUGUCAAAACACUACCCAGUCGUAUGAACAAGCCAUGGCUACUUGCUCCUCGAGCACUUCCCAAUUUGGAGGAGUGUGCUAUGGCGACGCUUACCUCUGUGGACAGGGCAUUGGCCAAGAUGACUGGGCAAUGUGGCAAAACAACUUGGCACUGGCCUGCAUGAUCAUCAUCUUUUUGGCCAUUGCGUAUUUCAAACUGCGUUUCAUGAAGAAAUUUACCUAAAGUGGACAUGAAGACUUUGAUGCUGACAAAUAUUUAAAAUGCCCGGGCAGGGCGAAGCUGAUUGAGGGGAGGCUGGAGUGAACUCUGAGUCCCUUUUUGGAACCUGUUGGAACAUUUUAGGGGCCACACCUUCAGGAUCUGACAUAGUAGGACAUGUAACCGUUGGGAUGAGAACAAAAUUGCCAAAAAUGAAGUGAAAUUUAAUAUUUAAGUUUCUUUAUAUAAUAUAUGUUUAAGUUAAAUAAGUUAAAUUACUACUUGAUUGAUGUUUUAUGCCCCCCAUAAAAUGUUAAAAAAACACUUAGCAGGCUCAUUUUUGCAGCCACUCGCUUUCUGUAGCUGUUUAUACAAUAUUCCUUAAAAAGUGUUUAAAAAGAAAAAAGUAGUGGUUUAUUGGGGGUCACAACUUGUAGCACAAAUGGCAAAUACACUACUGAGUCUCCAGCACACCUUAAUGAAUUUGGUGAAAGUGGCCAAAUGACAAUAAUCCAGACUGAGAGGGUGAGGUGAUGGCGCCCCCUGGUGUCUACUUUAACUGAAGGCAUCAAAGGAGCGAGUCAUGUUACCCAUAGGGGUGGCCAACUACUACGGGCAACAGGUUUUCAUUCUAUUUUAUUAACUAGUGAUACGUUUUUGCUACUAAUUAACUUCAUUUAAUUGAUUUGCUAUUUAAGACUCGGACCCUUUACAUCAGUGCUGAGCAAUGGUGGUCCGGGACGGCCACAGUGGCUUCAGGUUUUUGUUCCACUCCAGUUGCUUCAUGGGAGGUCAAGUCACUUCAUUGCUCAGGUGAGAUUUUUCUGCUUCAUUGUAGUUAUGUCACUUGCUAAGAUAUUGAACCCUUAAUUGCUUAUUUUAGUCUUAAACAGCUGUAUUCAUUGUUUGAACUGUGCUCCUUAUUAACAACUAGGGGGCUUUGCUCGCCCACCCCCGGGUUUGGUUAACCAGAUAUACAAUUUAUAGAGAUUGUUAUUUUCAUUUCAUUCAUUUUUUAUUUCUUGAUAUUUGCCAGUAAUAAAGCUGUAGUUAUUCACCCUCCCCCCAAGGGGCACGCUACACGCCAGCCACUUGACGUCUUUGCCUCCCCCUAUGUGUGGGGGUGGGGGGGGAGGGUGGCUGAACACACGCUAGGGAGAUGCGGUUGCUCCUCUGAAACCCCCUCUUAAACGGUGAUUACAUUUUUUACCUCCUCUUUGCUUGAGCAGCUGCUGCCAUGCCGCAUGAUCUGCAUGUCGUGCGCCACUUUGAACAUUUAAACGCCAGUAGAGCAGCUGUCCUUUUGUCUCACUGUCUCACUUUUGUCUCGCGGGACGUUAUAAUGUCUGAGAAAAUCACGUCUUGUCGCCUUCCAAGAUUUUUUUUAUAAUAGAGAGAUAAGAUCCAGAUAACAAAGGCACCAGCAGUUCUCCAUCUAGCUCGUCUCCAUUUCCACCCGUGUGUAUUCAUCAUUCACUAUUUGGUUUAAUUAAAUACUUAGAAGGAAACUGGAGAGAAAGUGAAGAACUGAAAAUUCCACAUCCGUUUUAGGCUUCAAAUGACUUGGAUGAUAGAUGCAUCAUUAGAAAGGAAAGAAAAUCUCUGAUUUAAGAAUAAAGGGGCGUGGUAGAGUUAAAACACUAAGAAGCCAUGACAUUAAAUAAGAUCUGUUAUUGAUGAGCUUUGGCUUCUAAUUAAGCAACUGAGUUGGAACAAAAACCUUCAGCCACUGCGGCUCUCCGAGGUCAGAGUUGGCCACCCUGCUGUAGAUGCUGGGACCUGGAGGGUGUCUGUAAAAUGGCAUAGGCAAGAACAACAAGUAAAGGCAUCUAUUGGAAAAUGAGUGUCCCCUGCUGUAUUAACAUUUUAUUAUUUUAAUUAAUUACACAUGAGUUGGUGGAAAUUCAUCAGGCAUGAGUUUCACUGGGCUCUCUACAUGACGAUACUGUUGAUACAACGUGUGCCACUUGUCAGUCAUAAAGGUUUUGAAUGAAGAACGUGUUUAAGAAUCACACCUGCUGAUUAGUGUGCCCAGCUGGCAUCUGCACGUGUGGCCCACAGCAGUCAGGGGACCAGGCAAAGCCCCAAGUCGUGCUGUUUGAAUAUGUCACGGAGGAAAAAAUGAAAAUGUAUACCGACUUUGUCUUUUUUCCUCGUAUUUUCCUGGCACGUUAAGGAAGUAGAUAAUCAAUUCAAAGUUAAGGUAAAGGCAAGUUUCUUUGUGGCAGAAUUGUGUAAGUGGGGGUCUGCAUUUUGAAAAUUCCAGUAUUCUUACACAUUCGGAGUCGGUUCUUUCUUUCCUGCCUUUUAGGCAAAGGCUGGGUGCUCAAGGUCCGUGCCUGGUCGUGGUCCAUGUGGAAUUUGCAUGUUCUGUCCAUGUCGCUGCUGCUUUUCCUUCCAUAUUCAUAAGCACAUAAAGGUUAUGUGAACUGGAAACUUUUUUAACUUUGCCCCCUAAGUGGGGUUUAAGUGUUUGCCUGUGGUGGACUGGCACUUCAUUCAGGGCUCUUUCCUACCUUGUGCCCAGUGCUGUCAGGAUGGGCCCCCAAACUCUGCAACCAUAAAUUGGAUUAAGCGGGUUUUUGGAAUGAAUUAUUGUAAGUAUUACAAUCCACACUCAACUUUUUACACGCCAUUGCCUGCGGUUCUAGUUUUAUAAGCUUAUCGCAUAUGAACAGCUGAUCUGUCUGUUAAUGGUAUCCUUCACAAUCCAUGCAUUUUGACAUUCCAUGCUAUGGAACAGACAUAAUCACAGAAAUGUGAUUGUCCCUGUGCGGCUGAGCCUGUUGCGUGAUGUACUGGCACCUUGUUGGUUCUCACCUUUCUCCCUCCCACCCCCCACCCUAUCUCAAUCAGGAUAGGUGCCAACUUCCUACCAACCUGAACUGAAUACUGUUGAGUUGAAAGUGGACAGAGUAAAAGGCCUUAUUGAGUAAGGAGAGGUCAAUGUAAGCCCCAAAGGGGCACCGCACUUUACUCUCGGGCCAUUUUCUAGUGUAACACCCCAAUACCCCAACAGUCAAGUCACCAUUUUUUAGGAUUAAUGUGUUGUAAACAAGUGAGUGCACUUUAAUGUUUUUCCCUGUACAUUUGUGUAAAGUGAUAAAUAUAUGAAGGGACAUUUUGAUCCAAAAGGGAAAAAGACUUCAUUUAACGGAAUGCCUGGGAGACCCUGAAUGUGGUGGGCAUGUGCUGGGUCGGCACUUCUCCUGUCCAGGGUCGUUUCCUGCUCUGUGCCAGGCAUUGCCAGGAUAGGCUGCAGUAUGCCCUGGCACUGCCCUGGAUUGGGGGAGUUAAGAGUGUUUGUAUGUUAGGAGUCAAAAAGACGAAAUGUGACAAUUGCUCUGAACUGUACAUUUACAGCACAACUGUAUUAAAAAAUGUCCUUUUUGUAUAUAUUUUUAUGUAUAUUUAAAUAUUACCUGAAUAGAAAC